AUGAUGGACGUUGUUUCCACUUCAACAUCUCCAUUUGCAUGUAAAGUUUGUAAUCAAGCCGCACAUGGAAAUCAUUUUGGAGUGAUCAGUUGUCGAGCGUGUGCUGCGUUUUUCAGAAGAUCAGCAUCGUCGAAAUGGAGCAAAAUGAGCUGUCGUGGAGGAUCGUGUGAUCAGGAGACCUAUUCCUGUAAACCGUGUCGUCUACAGAAAUGCAGAGACGCUGGAAUGGAUACCACUAAAUUCCAAUACAACCGAGAAAUCAUUCCCCAAGUCGGCCAAUUCACUCUCCCACCACCAUCCAUUGAAUCCUAUGUGGGUCGGCCAGAAUUUCUUCUAUUCUGUGAUACCGAUGCCCCAAACGCAAAAGUCCUAAUUGACGUGAGAUAUCUUCUGGAAGAGGCAGGACGAAUUCUGAAUUACGGUCCUGAAAGUCCAGUUUUCGCUGAAAACCAAUUGAAAAAGUUCACUCAAGGCUUCAAAUUCAUUCGACUCAAUAUGGAAAAUCUCCAAAAAGUCGAGUACGCAGAUCAAAAAGAAUUAAUGGAGAUGUGGGAAUAUUACUUUCUAUUGGUAACCAAGUGGUUAAUGUAUUUCGACGAGUUUCAGAAGCUCAAUCGACAUUUUCAGAUGACUCUCCUACAAUCCAUCUGGCAUGUCUUUCAAAAGUUACACAAAUAUGUUGGCACUAUGGCGUAUCACAAAAUGUAUCCUUAUGCGAAGAAAUCCAAUGUGAUCAUCAAGAAUGUGUUCAUGGAUAUGGAAAAUGUUACGAUUGAUACAGAAUGGAUGAGUGAUUAUCCAAAAGAGCAUGUAAUGAGAUACCUCAUGGUCCAAACCUGUCACGAUUUUGACAUUCUGGCUGCAUUACAAGAACUCGAACCUACAGAAGAGGAAUAUACUUUUCUAUUCGCUCAUCUAUGCUUCCAAUAUGCCGGCAAAAGAUACCAAGGAGACAUUCUAAGAGUCACCGAUUCAUUUUUAGAGAUCUUAUCGAACGAUUUGCAUCAUUAUUAUGUGGAAGAGCAAAACCGACCGAGAUACUUUUUGCGACUGGCCAAACUCAUGAAAAUCAAUAACGCUAUUCAGCGGUCAAAUUUUUUUCAGAAAGCAAUCUGGGAGAGCCGCCCAAAAAUGGAGCUGGGUCGAGUGUUCAACGUGCUCAAAAUUGAAUUCUCGCACCCGGAAAUGUUUGAGGAUUCUGGAUUUUACUAA